AUGUGGGUCAGGCAUUCGAGACACACAGAUGCUGUAAAGGUACUAGUACCAUAUAGCGCUGAUGUAGCCGACAUGAAAAAGGUGGUGAAGAGAGAGCUGGCGCCCGCUAUCGAUCAGGAAAGUCUAGGACAAGUGUUGUUGUUGAGUACCAAGUUGGGAAGGCUCAAGCCUGAUAUGAAGAUUAAAAAGGUGGCGGGGCGAGAGAAGAUCUUGAUUGUAUUUGUCGACAAUGUUGCCUCUCGUUUGCAUCUCAAAAUGCUAACCUCUGAUCAAGUCCCAAUACAAGUCAACAACCCCUUCUGUCUCAAGACUGAUGAUGCCUACAUUGCUGUGGCAAAAGUGCUCGCAGGCGACUACUCUCACAAGGACAUUAAAAUGCUCAAGAAGAAUCUAUGCGAAUCCAGUGUCGAGUCAUGGAGUUGA